UCCUUUUCUAGUCUUCCGCAGUGUCGGGCUGGAGUCAGGCAGUGCGCGAACAGCCCGAGAGCCCGAAAGACCCGGCCCGCGUUCUCCUGCGAAGACGUAGCUGCGGGCGGCGGUGGCGGUGGAGGCGAUCAAGAUGUCGACCAAGAAUUUCCGAGUCAGUGACGGGGACUGGAUUUGCCCUGACAAGAAAUGUGGAAAUGUAAACUUCGCGAGAAGAACCAGCUGUAAUCGAUGUGGUCGGGAGAAAACAACUGAGGCCAAGAUGAUGAAAGCUGGGGGCACUGAAAUAGGAAAAACUUUGGCAGAAAAGAGCCGAGGCCUAUUUAGUGCUAAUGACUGGCAGUGUAAAACUUGCAGUAAUGUGAAUUGGGCCAGAAGAUCAGAGUGUAACAUGUGUAACACUCCAAAGUAUGCUAAAUUAGAAGAAAGAACAGGAUAUGGUGGUGGUUUCAAUGAAAGAGAAAAUGUUGAGUAUAUAGAAAGAGAAGAAUCUGAUGGAGAAUAUGAUGAGUUUGGGCGUAAAAAGAAAAAGUACAGAGGGAAGGCAGUUGGUCCUGCGUCUAUAUUAAAGGAAGUUGAUGAUAAAGAAUCAGAGGGAGAAGAAGAAGAUGAGGAUGCAGAUCUUUCUAAAUAUAAAUUAGAUGAGGAUGAGGAUGAAGAUGAUGCUGACCUCUCAAAAUACAAUCUUGAUGCCAGUGAAGAAGAAGAUAGUAAUAAAAAGAAAUCCAAUAGAAGAAGUCGAUCAAAGUCUCGAUCUUCACGAUCUUCAUCACGUUCAUCCUCUCCCUCAAGUUCAAGGUCUAGGUCCAGGUCCCGUUCAAGAAGUUCUUCCAGUUCGCAGUCAAGAUCUCGUUCCAGUUCCAGAGAACAUUCGAGAUCUCGUGGGUCGAAAUCAAGAUCCAGCUCUAGGUCCCACAGGGGCUCUUCUUCCCCACGAAAAAGAUCUUACUCAAGUUCAUCAUCUUCUCCUGAGAGGAACAGAAAGAGAAGUCGUUCUAGAUCUUCUUCUCCUGGUGAUCGAAAAAAAAGACGAACAAGAUCACGGUCACCCGAAAGCCAGGUGAUUGGUGAAAACAUUAAACAACCCUGAGCCCAGGGCCAACCCCUACGGAACACCACUACUUUACCCAGGCACCACAGGUCAUCUUCUGGAUCAUCCCAUUCUGGUUCCCGUUCAAGUUCAAAAAAGAAAUAAUGUAUUAAAAUUUACAUCCUAAAAAACAUCCAGUACAGUGCAUGAAACAGUUUUUAAGAAGUUGAUGUCUUACUUGGUCAGAAGUGCUAAAUCUGCUAGUAGAGGUGCAUGCCUUUAUUGUUUUUCAAAAUAAUACAAUGUGUUUAUUUGUGAAAUUAAAAGUAAAUUGCAUUUUAAGCCAUAAUACCCCAAAUAAAAGCUCUUUUGUUUAUUAUUUACAUCUAUUCCCUUAAAACCAUUUCAGCUUCAACAAGUACUUUUUGGGGAAAAAAAAAAACCUGCUAUGUUCACCUGGAAAAGAAGUUAAACGUCUGUGUUUUUGGCCUAUAUCAGAAUGAUUCCUGCCAUGAAGAGUUAAACUGAGUGGCCAAGUGAAACUUCAUUUUAAAUUCCCUAUGCUGAAAUUGCCUUAGGAUAAUCAUUGUUUCUUUUAUACCGGUUUUGCAUCACCACAUUUAAUUCAGAAAAAUCUUGUGGAUUGCAGAAGGAGCACAGUAUUACCAUUUCCUUUUCUUAUCCAUAAUUUGGACAAAGAAAGAAGCGUUUAAUAGUUUUAUCAGUUCUCUGCUAAUCUGGUUACUUGUAUUUUAAAAAUCUUUUAUCUUAAGUAAAAGGUUUAGAAAGGUUUGUGCAGUGUCCUUUAAAAGAAAAAUCUAGUUAGUAAAUACAGUAGGUUAGAAAAAGCUAAAUUGUACUUGAUGAACAAAUCAAAGAUUUUGAAGUGUGUUCCUUCUUUUGGUAAAGGGCCAGCACAGACAUGUGAUUAAACAUUUAUUCAGAGAUGUGUCAUUUCAAACAUAAUGACAUGUUUUUCAGAAUAGCAAUUGAAUGCUUGUUUCUGCAUGAUAAAAACAGGAGUCAUUAUAUUUCAUUUUACAUGAAAAAACUUAUGGCUUAAAAUGCUUUGAGUUUUAUUUCUCAGUUAAAAUCUGGUCUCGAGCUCCAUUUUGUUUCCUGGUUUGAAAAUAAAAGUUUCUCUUAACAGUAUCUUCAGUGACGAUGCAAGGUAAGUAUAUGAAGGGAAAUCAGCAUUUGUGCUUGGGAUCUUUUUGUUACAGAGUACUGAUUUCUCUUUUUUUUUUUUUUUUUUAACAUUGUCUGCCACAAUUUAAAUAAAAACAAGGUGUUUAGUAGACAGAUCAAACACAAAUUAUAUUUGUUUUUUAUUUUAAAAUGUUUUCCAAGGAUCUAAAGAUGAAUACAAGAUACGUAGAAAUAUUUUGAUAAUAUUUUUACAGUGAGCUUUCCCAUUUUUUUAUGUCUUAAUUUUCCUUGCUACAUUUACUGUAGGUUGCACAAGAACUUUUACUCUUGUAAUUGUGCCUCAGACUUCUCGAAAGUCCACCUUCUAAGUUGCCCAGAUGAUCAUCUAGAUUCUACAUGUUACCAUUUAUUCUUGUGCUUUCUGUAUUUAAAACUUUGACUGUACUAAGCAAUUGCAAGGUUAUAAAUUUAGCUAAUAGGAGUUGACAGACAAUUUGGAUGAUUAUGAUUUCAUUUGGUUUAACUAAGCUGUACUAGUUCAUUUCAAGAGAAAAUGAUGCUGUAGAAAAAUGUAAAUAAAGUCUGUGAGUCAAGCAUCAAGUGGUGUUUGUUAGAAAUAAACUAGAGAUUUUUAAGCUGUGA